AUGGAGAGUGUGCGGGUGCGGCUAAAAUAUGACAAUUGUUUUACCGUUGAAGCAGUAGGUAGGGGUGGAGGGCUCGCUAUUUUAUGGAACGGGGGUCUCGACGUAGAGGUGAAGGGGUAUUCGAAUCACUAUAUCGACACGGUUGUUUCGGCUCAGGGGUUUCAACGCUGGAGGUUUACGGGGUAUUAUGGCAGUUCGGAGAGACAGAAUCGGCGUCACUCGUGGGACCUGUUGAGGUAUUUAGCUUCAAUUAAUAAUUUACCUUGGGUUCUUAUGGGGGAUUUUAACGAUAUAAUGUUAGCAACGGAGAAAGUUGGGCGGGUUCCUCAUCCUGAAUGGUUGAGGUGGGGUUUUUGUGAGGCUGUGAGAGAAAGUGGGUUAUCUGAUUUUGGGUUUGGGGGGUGUCAAUUUACUUGGGAGAGGGGGAGAGGGACAACACAGUGGGUUAGAGAAAAGUUGGAUCGAGUGUUGGUUUCUGGGAAUUGGCGUGAUGUUUUUCCUAUGGCCAAAGCUUGGUCGGUUGAGGGUACAAGUAGUGACCAUUUGCCUUUGCAUUUGUGUACGAAUUGGGGAGGAAGGAGGAGUGUUGUUCGUCGAUCCCGGUAUGAAAAUUCAUGGGGGAAAGAGCAGGAGUGUAGGGAUUUGGUGGAGUCGGCGUGGUACCGUGAUGGUGCGGCUCCGAUUAUGGAUAGAAUUGAACGGUGUAGUCGGGAGGUGUGGCAGUGGGGGAGGAGGAGAAGUAGCGGUGAGAGGGAGGAGCUUAAGAGAUGUAAGAAGAGGAUGGGGGAGCUGCGAAAUACAGGGGACAGAAGGGGUGUGUGGGAGUUUGGGGAAGUGCAGCGAAAGUAUAUGGCUCUUGUUCAAAAUCAGAGUGAUCACUGGCGUCAACGGGCUAAAGAGCUUUGGAGGAGAAGGAAUCAGAUAGAGGGCCUUCGAAAUGCUGAUGGAGAACUGAUAAGAGAUGAACGCGGGAAAGCCGACAUUAUGGUCGAUUAUUUCCAAAGUCUGUUUUCUACAGAGGAGGGAGAUGAUCGACCUGUGCUUGAAUGUCUGACCCGUCGAAUUUCAGCAGAUCAGAAUGCUUCGCUGGUGAGGGAGGUUACGGUCGAUGAGGUGAAAGCUGCAGUGUUUGGGAUGCACCCGGACAAGUCCCCAGGGCCUGAUGGGCUGUCUCCAGCGUUCUUCCAGACGCAUUGGAACGUGGUGGGCGAGGAGGUGGUAAAUUUCUGUAAACUUUUUCUUCUAACCGGUCAUAUGCCUGUUUGUUUAAAUGACACUCAUAUUGUGUUAAUUCCGAAAAAGAGUCAUCCUGACUUGAUGUCGAAUUUCCGUCCUAUCUCGUUAUGGAGAACAAUUAUUGAUAAUAUCCUGCUGGCCUAUGAGUCGAAUCAUGCGAUGAAUCGUGUUCAAGGGGAUAGGGGUGGUUAUGGGGCGUUAAAAGUCGAUAUGAGUAAGGCAUAUGACCGAGUAGAGUGGGGGUUUUUAGGGCGGGUUAUGGCAAAGUUAGGUUUCAGUGAGCGGUGGGUGGCUUUAAUGCAUGAGUGUAUUUCUACAGUUCAGUAUCGGAUUCUGGUGGAGGGGAAAGAGUGGGGGCCUAUUAGUCCGGCUAGGGGUUUACAGCAGGGGGAUCCUUUGUCUCCAUGUUUAUUUAUAUUAGUAGCCGAGAGUCUUAGCGCCAUGUUAAGGGUUCAGGAGGUAGAGGGUGGUUUGCAGGGGGUGAGGGUGGCCCGGGGGGCUCCACGUAUUUCUCAUCUAUUCUUCGCGGAUGAUUGUCUUUUCUUUUUUAGGGCAAACAAUCUUGAAGCGGGGGUUAUUAGAGAAGUUUUAAAGGAGUAUGGGCGGGCUAGUGGGCAACAAGUGAAUUUUGCGAAAACGGCUAUCGUUUUUGGAAAGAAUGUGGGGAGAGAGGAUAAGGAGGCUGUUUGUGAAUCUCUUGGGAUUACGGAACAGCAGGGUGGGAGGAAUAGAAUUCAUUACUGGGGAAACCGGUUUUUGUCGCGAGCUGGGCGUGAGGUUCUUCUCAAGACAGUCGUACAGGCUAUUCCAAACUAUGCGAUGAAUGUGUUUUUGUUACCUAAAUCUAUGUGUGUUGAGAUGGAGAGACUCAUGAAUGCAUUUUGGUGGGGAUGUGAGGGGCGAGGGAGCAAGGGGAUUCGGUGGAGUUCGUGGGCUGACUUAUGUCAACCAAAGCAGUGUGGUGGAGUGGGUUUUAGGUUAGUGAGGGAGAUGAAUUUGGCAAUGCUGGGUAGACAAGGCUGGAAUUUUUUGCAUAAACCAAAUUCCUUGGUGACUCGUGUUUUUAAAGCUCGUUACUUUCCAAAUUGCUCUUUCCUUGAUGCAAAGCCGGGGUCGAAUCCUUCCUUUGUUUGGUCGAGCAUUCGUGAAACUCAAAAUCUGUUAAGGGAGGGAGUGAGGUGGGGUAUUGGGAAUGGAGAGGGUGUGCGGGACUGUGCUAGCAUUAUGAGUGUUCCACUGCCCAAUUGUGUUUCCCCUGAUUUUCUGUUUUGGAGACGUGAGUCGAAUGGAUUGUAUUCGGUGCGUAGUGCUUACCGAAGUCUAACUGAUAUGGAUGUACUGAAUAGUGGCUGUGAAUGGACUGAUGUGUGGAAUUUAAAUAUACCGCCUAAGAUUAAGUGUUUCUUUUGGACAUUAUGCACAAUGCGUCUCCCUACUAAAGAUGUUCUUCUGCUGAAACAGGUUCGGUGUGAUCCGCUUUGCGCUCUUUGUGGAGUGGCGGAUGAAACUGCUAUGCAUGUGUUUGCUAAUUGUAAUUUUGCACAUUUGUGUUGGCAUGUUAUCGAUCCAGAUUGGGAGUUGAGUGAAAUGGAAUCUAUUGGGCAGUGGUUACAGAAUAUGUGGAGGCAUUUAUCUCGGCAGAUGGUGGAAAAGGUGGUAGUAAUUUGUUGGGCUUUGUGGGAAAAUCGCAAUAACUCUGUUUGGCGCCAGCAGAUUAAGGAUCCGAGAACUAUGGUCAUGCAUGCUUUUCUAUUUUUGGAAGCGUGGAAAAAGGCUCAGCAGCAUCCACAUGAACACACUGCUUUUCGUCAGACUUGA